AUGGCAAAGCUCACUGAUGAUGCCGACUACGAUGCCGGCGAAACGUUUGAGAAUGUAUCAAGUCCAUUUUCAGAUGCUGGGACUCAUGGCAACUACUAUGGCAGACGACUUCGGACUAGUUGUGCUAUUAUUAUUCUUCCUAUCCUGGCCCAUCUAUUUACCCACUAUCCUCUUAUCGCCCUCACGACCUAUUCAUCCUCCAGAGUUGUGCCCUUUCUUGGCAAUUGUGGCAUGGCGACAUCACACCUCGGUCUGUCCUGCCUCCCUCCCUCUCGAUUUACUGAUCCGACUCAGACCUAUUCGGAUCUCCCUCAUGGGCUUGUAGAUCUGAUUCUUAUCUUUCUGGUUGACCGAGUUCACUCGUUUCCGCCCCCAGUGUAG